AUGGUCCGGUGCACUGCAGAAGCAGCCCGUCCUUCAAAGCUAAUUCAGUCACCACUAUCGGUGAUGGGGAUGCGUGGGACUUUUCUUGCUAUAAGUCAGGAGACUGCUAUGAGGGCGUCUGGCAGUGACCCAAUAUUGUGGGUGAAGGAUCUUUUCGCUGCGUGGAAGGAAAGACUCCUCUUGACCCAGAAGAAUGACCACGAUGACCACGAGGUUAUAAGCAUUGAAAACUUCAUGGCAGUAGGAGAUGUCAAAUACCACAAAAUUAUUUGA